AUGGCUUCCGCUCCAGAAUCAGCUCCCUCUUGCAAAGUGAUGCUCUCCAAGCAUGUCGCAAAUGGCUUGCUUGCAGAGGUCCAUGAAGGCUUGAAGACUUUGGACAAAGCCCCUCAUCUCGUGGGCCUUUUGGCCAACAAUGACCCUGCGGCGCUCGUGUACGCCCAGAUGACAGAGAAGACUUGUCAAGAAAAUGGAUUCCGCUACUCCCUCCGUCAAGUCGCCCGUGACGAUAUCGAAGAUGCUAUUCUAGCUGCCAACGCUGAUCCCGACGCCGACGGCAUCAUCGUAUACUACCCCAUCUUCAACAACCGUCAGGACCAGUACCUACAGCAGAUUGUCGACGUAGGCAAGGAUGUAGAGGGUCUCAGCCACCGCUACAUCUUCAACAUGUACCAGAACGUCCGAUUCCUAGACACUGAGCAGCGACAGAAGUCUAUCCUUCCUUGCACACCCCUCGCUACCAUCAAGAUCCUUGAGUACCUCAACAUCUAUAACACUAUCCUGCCGUACGGAAACCGUCUCUUCGGACACACAAUUUGCGUCGUGAACCGAUCGGAGGUCGUUGGUCGACCGCUCGCCGCAUUGUUGGCGAACGAUGGUGCCUGCGUCUACAGUGUGGAUGUGACUGGUGUCCAGAAGUUUACACGCGAGGGUCUCAAGAAGAAGAGACACGAGGUCGUUGAUCUGGAAGGAAAGACCGUGAAUGAUGUAGCGCCGCUUUGCGACGUGGUCAUCACUGGUGUUCCUGGAGACAAAUACAAGUUCGACACCAGCCUCCUCAGAGAAGGUGCUGUGUGCGUGAAUUUCUCUAGUGAGAAGAACUUCGGACCUGAAGUGAGAAGCAAGGCCUCAAUCUUCGUUCCCUCCAUUGGAAAGGUGACCAUUGUGGUCCUGCUGAGAAACCUUCUGAGACUCAUGCAAAACCGGAGAUUGGAUGAUGUGAAGCCUGCCGCAGCUACCGAAAAACCCGGAACCCUCGAGGCUGCUUCCUAA